ACGAGGACGGACGCCGAAAAGGACGGUGGCGUCUCGGUGUCCAGCGCCAGCCCCCUUCCGGCACCGGAAAUCACCGAGCAGAUCAUCAAAUCACCGCCGGAACCAACGCGAGUCAAAUCUCCCGAGCAGAUCAUUAUGCGCUCACCGGAUCCUGUCAACUGGACCGUUCCGCUCGAUACGGGUAAAACCUUCACCGUGACCCAAAACGUCCGCGAAGGUGAUCCUAUGAUCCGACCUCAUAGCGAAAUCAAGGCUUCAACUCCAGUGGACCAUCCACCACCAGCACCACAAUCAGCACCGCCAGAGCUUUCAGAACAAAUCAAGUUACCUAAUACAAAACUUGAACCAGAUUCGAUCAAGGAAUCCGAGGACGAAGAUGAUGACCUGCUAAAGUCCAAAUCGUCCGUCACUUCGUCGGUGAACCAACCGAUUUCGGUGGCCGUUCCGGUUGAAUCUGCGGCCUUACCGGCAACGACAGUACCUCAACCGACAGCCGUGGACACGUCGGCGCCAGCACAAAGCAACCCGGAACCGGUGCGGUUCGACAAACCCGUCCCCGGGUCCACACUUCGCUGUCUGGAGGAUCCGGACUUCGAUUCGGACAUCAACUCACCGCAGGGUAGCCGAAACGUUGCCUCCGAAGUGUUGGACAAAGCCCGGGAUCGGUUCGAUCGCUUCUGGGGCAAUCCGGACGGAGCGAAACCUGACGAGUCCUAAAUUCUACCACACAGUUGUAAGUGAGCUUGUUUUAGUACAUCUAUC